AUGUAUUGGUCUUCCGUUGAUUCAAAAAUUAUACUACUACUUGCUGUUAGCUUCACAUCAUAUUCUCGAUUUGUACAUGGGAAAUUAAAAGGGCGAAUUUGUGCAUAUGGUGAUAUCGAUCGUGACCUUUAUACUGAUAUAAUUGUUCAAGAUAAUGACAGGCUAAACAUCUACUUUCAGAAUGAAAAUGGUGAAUUUUCUGAAGCGGGGCACAGCAUUCAUCUUGGCUCAACGCAAACUGUUUCCUGUGCAGUUGGAGAUUUCAAUGGUGACUCUGUCCCUGACCUACUUAUUUCAAAGAAAAAGUUAGAUGCUAGUCUUUUCUCAUCUGGUGAAAAAGGGUAUGAAUCAACGGUAUAUAUUUAUUUAUAUAAUUCUUACCAACCAAUUUAUUUGGAUCCGACUGUACUAGACGAGCUUUCGAUAAUGGAUGUCAAUGGUGAUGGCACUAGUGAUGUUGUGGGAUUUUCUAAAAAUGGUUCCUUAUUUUGUCUCCUGGGUUCAUCAUCUGGGAAUUUCUCUUCUUGUAAUCAUUUUUUCAAAGGGUUCAGUGCUAAACCGUAUGAGCGUUUUUUGCAUUCUUUCAUAGAUAUAGAUGGAGAUUUGAGCGCUGAGAUAAUUUUUGGUACCGAACGCAGAGGUCGAUUAAAAAUGGAAGCAUGGAAACGAAUAUCGAAUGAAAUAUGGAAAUUAGAUGAAACACUUAUUGCUGAUUUACCAUUGGAAUCGUGUCCUACUAAUCACUUUGGUGCUGUGUUAUUUGCUGACUUUGAUGCUGAUGGAAUUGUGGAUAUUGGUUUACCAUGUUGUGCGGAUUCCGCUUGUCGGAAAGUGUUGGUCGUCAAUAUGUGGAGUCGUAAUAUUGGAGUAUGGCAGGAUUUUCACAUAACUGGCCUUGAAGGUUCUGACUUGGUAUCAAAAAGAGAUGAAGGAAAUGUGGUUUUUCGUGUUGGUGAUUUUUCACUAGAUGGUUAUCCAGAUUUAAUUGCUCUUGUUCGAGAAAAAACGCAAAAUCCCAUGAUUCUAGAAAACGUGCCAUGCACAGAUUGUAUUUCUAAUGCAUCUAGGAGGUUUGAAUUGCGUACAAGUCCGAGGCUUAUUCAGCCUGCCGAUGUUUCUUUGGGACAGAUCCAGUUAGCGUCAUUUUUUGAUUUGAAAGAAGAUGGAACCCUUGAUGUUGUUCUGGAAUACAAAGACGCUGAUCAAAGUAUGGCUGUUGAUUUCAUCAAAUGCGAAGACAAGGGGGAUACGACGUUCCUAAAAGUGCAAGUAUUUUCAAGUUCUUGUGAUCAGUUUUGUGGUUCAACAAAGACCAAAAUUGGUAGUGGAAUUGCAUGGCACGGAGCUUGUGUAAUGUUCAUUAUGUCCGAUUCAUGGGGUCACGAUCAGGUUGGGUCACAGUGUCAAAUGCCACAAACCACUCAUCGUGCGCUUCACACACCAUUUGCUUUAUUCGGUCUAGGAAGGUCACCGAAUUUUGUUGAUUACGUGCAUGUUGGUUCGCCGCGUAUGCCACUGAUAAAUCGCGUAAAUUAUGGAAAUCAACAUUAUUACCUGAAACAAAUAGUGCCUAACUCGCGGCUGAUUGUAGUGCCGCCGAAAGAUGAUGGAAUAUACUGGCAAAGCAGACUAUAUCUCACUCCUAGUCAGCUGAUAAUACAGUCGUUGAUGGUAUUGGUGUCAGUUUGCGUGAUACUUUUACUGGUCGCAUCCUUCCUGCAUUAUCGAGAAAGACGUGCUGAUAAACAUGAACGACAGGCACAGUCUCAUCGUUUUCAUUUUGAUGCUAUGUAA